AUGCAAUGGGACACUCAUGGAGGGACACUGAGUGGUGGACGUCACUUCUCUCAGCCAUACCUUAAAGAGGCCACAGCUCCAGUCGGACCAGGUUCUGGACAUCACAGUGGCUUAGCUGAAGUGUUGGAGAGAGCCAAAAGUCUCAGGAGAGGCAUGUCCUCUGCCGACGCUGUCAAAGCCUUCCUGCUGUGCAGUGUGCUAAUGACCGCAAAGGCGUUGAUUGACUCUGAUGAUGUUAUCACGAGAGAUGAACAGAUCUUCCUUCUGAUUGGUGCACGAGCCAAGUGUGAUCGGAGCAUACGGGCCCAGCUGGACCUGGUCAGAGAGGGUGACUGUGUGCCUGAAUGGGAUGGGAUUAUCUGCUGGCCCAGAGGAAAGCCCAGCCAACUGGUAUCAGUACUCUGUCCGGAGUACAUCUAUGACUUUAAUCACAGAGGUCAUGCAUAUCGACACUGUGAUGCUUCAGGGAACUGGGAGCAAGUGACCAGUAUUAACCGAACGUGGGCCAAUUACACAGAGUGUACCACUUAUCUACUAUCAAGCCAUGGCAAUCAGGAAGAGGAGGUGUUUGAACGUCUUCACUUGAUGUACACUGUUGGAUACUCUAUCUCUCUGGCCUCUUUACUUGUGGCUGUGUCUAUCCUUUGUUACUUUAAACGUCUUCAUUGUACGCGUAACUACAUCCACAUCCAUCUCUUUAUGUCAUUUGUUUGUCGGGCCAUCAGCAUCUUUGUGAAGGAUGCUGUGCUCUACACAGUCACAGACGACAGCAAACCAGAAGAGGUGGCAGUGGGAUACAGACCUCAAAUGGUGGGCUGUAAGGUUGCUGUGACUCUCUUCCUGUAUUUCCUUGCAACUAAUCAUUACUGGAUUCUGGUGGAAGGGCUAUACCUCCACAGCCUGAUCUUCAUGGCUUUCCUGUCUGAUAAGAACUACCUGUGGGCACUCACUAUUAUUGGCUGGGGUGUCCCUGCUGUGUUUGUCUCGAUAUGGGUUAGUGCUCGAGCAUCUCUUGCUGACACUCAAUGCUGGGAUAUCAGCGCAGGCAAUCUGAAGUGGAUCUAUCAAGUUCCAAUUUUGGCAGCUAUUGUUGUAAACUUCUUCCUCUUUCUCAACAUCAUCCGUGUUUUGGCUUCUAAACUGUGGGAGACCAACACAGGAAAGCUGGAUCCACGGCAGCAGUACAGGAAGCUGUUGAAGUCAACUCUGGUGCUAAUGCCUCUGUUUGGGGUUCAUUACAUGGUGUUCAUGGCUUUGCCUUACACAGAGGUCACUGGCCUACUGUGGCAGAUCCAGAUGCACUAUGAGAUGUUCUUCAACUCUUCACAGGGAUUCUUUGUGGCUUUUAUCUACUGUUUCUGCAAUGGAGAGGUGCAGGCGGAGGUAAAAAAGGCGUGGCUAAGGCGGAGCUUGGCUCUGGAUCUGAAGCAGAAGGCUCGGGUCACAAGCAGCGCAGGGGGUGGGAGCUGUUACUAUGGUGGCAUGAUGUCACACACGACCACACACAGCGUGUGUAUAAGUGUCAGUGGAGCUAAGGGCCUUCCUCUUGGAGGUGUGUCCUUAGGGGUCAGAGGUCAGUCUCGGCUCCACCCUCUUACAAAUCUCCCAGGUUAUGUACCUGGUGACACAGAGACUCCAUCACCCACAAUGCACCAGCAGGAGCUGGUGUUGAGGCAGACCACAGCAGCGGGGGCUCUCUCCAGGACCCCCGGCAUGAGUCCAGAGGUGGUGAGAGAAGAAGGUGGUACUGAGAGGAAGCCUGAAUCAUACUUCUUUCAGGGCGAGGAUCAUUCAAGCUCUCCAUCUUUAAAAGAGCUUGAGACAAUCCUGUGA